AUGCAUCAGAAUGAGGAGUUUAGUGUGAAGAUUGGAAUAUUUUCAUUUACAUACAAGGAGACUGCUAAACGAAAUAACAAGAAUCGUAUGGCUGAAACAUUGGAGAUGAAGCCGAUCUUAUCGGUAACUAAAGAUGUCAUUCGAUUAUGCUUAAUUGAAAAAGUCUUACCAGCAAUUCGAACAAGAUGGGCAUAUAUUUGUAUGACAGAGACAGUAUUCACUCAACAAGACAAUGCAAGACCACACAUUGAUCCACAUGAUUCAGAAUUUUUAGAAGCUGCAUCUAAGGAUGGGUUUAAUAUUCGUUUGUGUUUUCAACCUUUGAAUAGCCCUGAUAUGAAUGUUUUAGAUCUUGGAUGUUUUCGGGCAAUUCAAUCCUUACAACACCAACAAGCUCCCACUACAAUUGAUGAGUUGAUUGAUGCGGUAGAAAAAUCUUUCAAUAAAUUAGCAACGGAAAGCCUCAAUUAUGUUUUCUUAACAUUGCAAGAAUGCAUGAUUGAGACUAUGAAGGUUUACAGAGGAAACAAUUACAAACUACCAUGCAUGGGAAAAGAUCAAUUAAAGAGAAAUGGUAAUCUUCCUUCUCAGUUGCAUUGUGAUCCUGAAGCCUUUGAGAAAAUUCUUCUCCAUCUACAACAAUGA